UUCGUUAAUCUCUUUGCAUUAGUGCUUUAGCCACUUGCUACAAAAAUAGCAGGGAAGACACGGCGCUAGCUACACACCGAGCUUUUCCCUAACAGAAGUGGAAUAUCCACGGCUGAAAAAAAUGGCCUCGCUGGGGGAGCCGGUACGAUUAGAAAGAGACAUUUCUCGUGCCAUAGAGCUGCUGGACAAACUCCAAAGAACCGGAGAAGUACCUCCUCAGAAGCUGCAAGCCCUACAGAGGGUUUUGCAAAGCGAGUUCUGCAACGCAGUACGAGAGGUUUAUGAACAUGUGUAUGAGACAGUGGACAUUAACAGCAGUCCAGAGGUCAGAGCCAAUGCCACAGCUAAGGCCACAGUGGCAGCAUUUGCUGCAAGCGAAGGACACUCUCACCCUCGCGUAGUGGAGCUGCCAAAAACCGAGGAAGGCCUCGGUUUCAACAUCAUGGGAGGAAAAGAGCAGAACUCGCCCAUCUACAUCUCGCGCAUCAUCCCCGGAGGUAUUGCUGAUCGUCAUGGUGGCCUCAAGAGAGGAGACCAGCUGCUCUCGGUCAACGGAGUGAGUGUGGAAGGAGAACACCAUGAGAAGGCAGUGGAGCUCUUAAAAGCAGCUCAGGGCACGGUCAAGCUCGUAGUCCGCUACACUCCUAAAGUGCUAGAGGAGAUGGAGUCUCGGUUUGAGAAGAUGCGAUCUGCCAAACGCCGCCAAAAGAACAGCUACCCGCAGUAGGGUAACCUGCCUGUGGCCCUCAUGUCAUGUUUCUCUUUCUCUCUCUCUCUCUCUCUCUCUCUCUCUCUUUGUCUUUCUACCCAGGGCUUGGACACAUAUAUACGGCACUUCUUUUUUCUGCUUUUAUGGAAUUUUCUAAAACCCCCCCCCCCCACACCCCCCAAACACUUCAAGUUUGAGCACACUCUUUUUCACGGUUUUGUGGAAAUAAACACUACUAUUUUUUUUUUUUUUUCCUUUUUCCUUCUCCCCCCUCUGUGGUUAUACACAAACGCAAUGACACGCAAUGUACAUCACUCUGUGUCAGGUGAAGGUUGAGGGGUCAGGAUUGCAAAGGGGACCAUCACCGUUUUGCUUCUGAGGUCAUUUAAAAUAAAAAUGAUAAAAUGUUUGUAUAAAAAGUGCCUCAAGAGCUUUGAGAAAAAAAAAUGUACUAGCUCACUAGAACCAUUUGGAUUGUAUGUUACAUAAACUGAGAGAAGAGCAAAACGAACACGCAUUCAUCUUCUAAACACUUGAACACCUAAUAUUAAGACGAGUGUAAGCAGGGUGUUGGAAGUAGGAACACAAUGUGUCAUAUAUCACUUAAACGGUUUGUGUGGAGGACAGCCGAUAAGAUACAUCACACUGCUCAGCAAAGCAAAAAAAAAAACACUAUCAUGACUUAUUUUGCAUUCUUUGUUUUAUCGUAGCUUCUCUUUUAAUAAUAAAAGAAUUCAUUACAUGGGGUUGGAGGGUGAAUAUUUUUUUAAUCACAUAUGACAAUGCUUUUUGUUUCACUGGGUUAGGGAUUGUACAGAAAAUAUGGUUUUUCUUACUAGGAUUUUGGUUCUAGUUCCUAGCCUUUUCAGCAUCUCUGAUUUCUACUCGCAGUUAUACACCAGAAUGAAGCGACAAGGUAAUAUAAAAUGUAGAAGGAUAGGUGAAGUAGUGAAUGUUAAGCACUGACUCCCUUCACACUGAAGAUUAGGGUGAAAAUAUUUAAUUACACUGAGAUAUUUAUUUCUUUUAUACGUACCCUAGACCUAUUUUGUAGCAUACAAAUUCUAUUAUGUAUAUGCUGUAGCUCAUAGGAUUUAUUUGCUAUUCCUAUUGCAAGUAAUUUGUUUUUUUUUUUAGUAAAUCUGAUUCGUAGAUGCUUUCUCUGUUUACCGUCUUUAAGUCCCUGAUUUUUUUCAUUUAUUUCACUGACAAGAUCAAGUUAUUGAGUGAACAUAGAGGUGAAGAUUCUCUUCAUUCUGCUCGUUCAUCUCGUAGCAAUAUUUGUACUGAUUCAGAAAUCAUUCCACAAACGUGUCAAAAUUUCACACGUGCUCCGUGUGCUCAUGGUUUAAAAAAAAAAAAGGCAAUGUGUUUUUAAGCUUAAACGCACGUAUUUUCACUGUUGAAAGAAAAACGUCUCUGUCUCAUAAAAUAUUUAGCAUGUUUCUAAUUGUAGACGUUCAUCAGUCACGGAGAGACGCGAGAAGAGGUGGUCUGAUCCCUUGCAUUAAAAAAAAGAAAAGCCUUCUUAGAAUUAAAACUGGUUAAUCUUCCUCAGAAAGCAUUCUGGAAAAUGAAAGAGUCGGAUGCUUUGUUGUUCUCUGAAGUUUCGGGAGCUCAGGUUUGCAUUUCUCCAUCCCUGACUUUCCCUGACAUUUCACGACCUGAAGUUACACUAAGCAAUAAAGCUCGCUCUUCGUUCUCCAGCCCCUAACUAUUAAAUCCGCGUCAUUGUUCACUUUUGGAAGGCUUACUUGCUAUUUUUGUACCGGCAUUUUCUUAUGAUGUUUUGCUUGCCUUUUUUGAUACAUUUUAUUCACAGGAUUUGUUUUUUGUUUUUGUUUUUUUCCAAGGAAUUAUUUGUAUUGCUUUUCUGAGGACAUUGUCCCAUUGUUUUUUCGAGUACAAAGACCAAACGUGCAAUUUUUUCUGACAGCUAUUUGAUAUCAUGUUGAAUGUCCCGUAUGCUAGUUUGGGAAUGUUGCUUUAAUGAGCCUAAAUAUUACUGUAUCAUUUGACAUUGCUCUUCUUUCCUGGUGAAUUGUCUUACAUGUAAUGUAGAUGCAUAGAAUUACAUAUUACUUCUUAGGUUUACUUCAGAGUAAUAAUUUCAAGCUGCACAAAAUAAAUUACACA